UUUUUUUUAGAAAAGCAGAUUUAGAAAAGAAAACAUUACCUUCCUAUUUCUUUGAUUAUUUUAGUGAAAGCUUUGCUUUAAUAUAUAUUAUACAAUUAACAAUAUUGACAAUUUUUUAUUAACAAAAGAUGAUACGCAACAAAAUUAAAUUUAAUUUAAUAUCCCCAUUUGCUGACAAUAUCAAUCAACUAAAGAUCCUACCUGUGUUUGCUCUUAAUAAAAGUUUUUUUGAAAAAAAAAUGUCGUCAGAUUCCAAGUUUGAUUUGCCGAAGAGAUAUCAAGGAAGUACCCCAAGUGUAUGGACUGAAUAUAUAGCUUUAGCACUUAAAUAUAAACCACUGAACUUAGGUCAAGGAUUUCCAGAUUUCGCUGCUCCAAAAUAUGUAACUGACACACUUGCGCAAGUUUCUUGUAGUGAAAACCCUUUGUUGCAGCAAUAUACUAGAGGCUUUGGCCACCCUAGACUUGUUCAGGCAAUUUCUAAAUUAUACACAAAACUAAUUAAAAGAGAAAUAAAUCCGGAAAAAGAAAUUUUAGUUACCUCUGGUGCUUAUGAGGCUUUAUAUUCUGCUAUUCAGGGGCAUAUUGAUGAAGGUGAUGAGGUAAUCAUAAUUGAACCAUUUUUUGAUUGUUACGAGCCUAUGGUAAGAAUGGCUGGCGGCAUACCGAGGUUUAUCCCAUUAGAACCACGUAAAUCAAAUAAAGAAGAAAUGACCUCUGCAGAUUGGGUUUUAGAUGAAAAUAAAUUGGAGAGUUUAUUUAAUAAAAAAACCAAAAUGAUAAUUCUAAAUACUCCACAUAAUCCAGUUGGGAAGGUGUUUCAUCAAAAAGAAUUAGAAAAAAUUGCAAAACUUUGUAUCAAAUGGAAUGUUUUAUGCAUUUCGGACGAAGUCUACGAAUGGCUUGUUUUUGAUAACAAUAAACAUAUAAGAAUAUGCACAUUUCCUGGCAUGUGGGAACGUACAAUUACUAUUGGAUCAGCUGGAAAAACGUUUUCCGUCACUGGUUGGAAAAUUGGAUGGGCUUAUGGUCCUGCAAAUUUACUUAGGAAUUUACAAAUGGUUCACCAAAAUUGUGUAUAUUGUUGCCCAACACCCAUUCAAGAAACAAUAGCUAUUGCCUUUGAAAAAGAAAUGCAACGAAUCGAUAGCGAAGAAUGUUAUUUCAAUUCUUUACCUAAAGAACUGGAAGUAAAAAGGAACUAUAUGGCAAAAUUUUUGAAAGAUGCUGGAUUGAAACCAACAAUUCCUGAAGGAGGCUAUUUUAUGCUAGCAGAUUGGUCUGCUUUAGAAAAUAAAGUGGAUCUAAAUACAGAAAGUGAUAAAUAUAGAGAUUAUCGAUUUACAAAAUAUAUGACUAAACACAUGGGCUUACAGGGAAUUCCACCUACUGCAUUUUAUAGUGAAGAAAAUAAACCGCUUGCUGAAAAUUAUGUCCGUUACUGUUUUAUGAAAAAAACGGAAAAUCUUGAAAAAGCAGCAGAAUUACUUAAAAAUUGGAAAUAAAUGUUGUUAUUUUUCUAUUAAUAGAACAUAUUUUAGUUAUCAACUUUGAUUUUGUUAUAAAUUGAAAGAUUUUCUUAAAUGCAUAUACAUAGUUAUUUGUAUGAA